GCUGUUUGCCAACCGCCGGGACGUGCGGCUGGUGGACGCCGGCGGUGUGAAGCUGGAGUCCCCCGUCGUGGUCAGCGGCCUGGAGGACGCGGCCGCCGUGGACUUCCAGUUCUCCCGGGGUGCCGUGUACUGGACCGACGUGAGCGAAGAGGCGAUCAAGCAGACCUUCCUGAACCAGACGGGCGCCGCCGUGCAGAGCGUGGUGGUCUCGGGCCUGGUCUCGCCCGACGGCCUGGCCUGUGACUGGGUGGGCGAGAAACUGUACUGGACGGACUCGGAGACCAACCGCAUUGAGGUGGCCAACCUCAACGGCACGUCCCGCAAGGUCCUCUUCUGGCAGGACCUCGACCAGCCGCGGGCCAUCGCCUUGGACCCUGCCCACGGGUACAUGUACUGGACGGACUGGGGCGAGACGCCCCGGAUCGAACGGGCAGGCAUGGACGGCAGCACCCGGAAGAUCAUUGUGGACUCGGACAUCUAUUGGCCCAAUGGACUGACCAUCGACCUGGAGGAACAGAAGCUCUACUGGGCAGACGCCAAGCUCAGCUUCAUCCACCGAGCUAACCUGGACGGCUCGUUCCGGCAGAAGGUGGUGGAGGGCAGCCUGACGCACCCCUUCGCCCUGACGCUCUCGGGGGACACCCUGUACUGGACCGACUGGCAGACGCGCUCCAUCCAUGCCUGCAACAAGCAGACAGGCGGGAAGAGGAGGGAGAUUCUCAGCGCGCUCUACUCGCCCAUGGACAUCCAGGUGUUAAGCCACGAGCGGCAGCCUUCCUUCCACACGCGAUGUGAGGAGGACAACGGCGGUUGUUCCCACCUGUGCCUGCUGUCCCCGAGGGAGCCUUUCUACGCGUGUGCCUGCCCCACUGGUGUGCAGCUGCGGGACAACGGCAAGACGUGCAAGGCAGGGGCCGAGGAGGUGCUGCUGCUGGCGCGGCGGACCGACCUGCGCCGGAUCUCGCUGGACACGCCGGACUUCACCGACAUCGUGUUGCAGGUGGAGGACGUCCGGCACGCCAUCGCCGUCGACUAUGACCCGCUGGAGGGCCACGUCUACUGGACGGACGACGAGGUGCGCGCCAUCCGCCGGGCGCGCCUGGAUGGCUCGGGCGCCCAGACGCUGGUCAGCACCGAGAUCAAUGACCCUGACGGCAUCGCGGUCGACUGGGUGGCCCGCAACCUCUACUGGACGGACACGGGCACCGACCGCAUCGAGGUCACGCGGCUCAACGGCACCUCCCGCAAGAUCCUGGUGUCCGAGGGCCUGGACGAGCCCCGCGCCAUCGUGCUGCACCCCGUGAUGGGCCUCAUGUACUGGACGGACUGGGGGGAGAGCCCCAAGAUCGAGUGCGCCCACCUGGACGGGCAGGAGCGGCGCGUGCUGGUGAAUGUGUCCCUUGGGUGGCCCAAUGGGCUGGCCCUGGACCUGCAGGACGGCAAGCUCUACUGGGGGGACGCCAAGACGGACAAGAUCGAGGUGAUCAACGUCGACGGGACAAAGAGGCGGACCCUUCUGGAAGACAAGCUCCCCCACAUUUUCGGGUUCACGCUGCUGGGGGAUUUCAUCUACUGGACGGACUGGCAGCGACGCAGCAUCGAGCGGGUGCACAAGGUCAAGGCCAGCCGGGACGUCAUCAUCGACCAGCUGCCCGACCUCAUGGGGCUGAAGGCUGUGAACGUGGCCAAGGUGGUUGGAACCAACCCGUGCGCAGACAGGAACGGGGGCUGCAGCCACCUGUGUUUCUUCACGCCGCGGGCCACCCGGUGCGGCUGCCCCAUCGGCCUGGAACUGCUGAGCGACUCGAAGACGUGCAUCGUGCCCGAGGCCUUCCUGGUCUUCACCAGCCGGGCCGCCAUUCACCGCAUCUCCCUGGAGACCAACAACAACGACGUGGCCAUCCCGCUCACGGGCGUCAAGGAGGCCUCCGCGCUGGACUUCGACGUGGCCAACAACCACAUCUACUGGACGGACGUCAGCCUCAAGACCAUCAGCCGCGCCUACAUGAACGGGAGCUCAGUGGAGCACGUGAUCGAGUUCGGCCUCGACUACCCCGAGGGCAUGGCCGUCGACUGGAUGGGCAAGAACCUCUACUGGGCCGACACUGGCACCAACAGGAUCGAAGUGGCCCGGCUGGAUGGGCGGUUCCGGCAGGUCCUGGUGUGGAGGGACUUGGACAACCCCCGGUCGCUGGCCCUGGAUCCCACCAAGGGCUUUAUCUACUGGACCGAGUGGGGCGGGAAGCCGCGGAUCGUGCGGGCCUUCAUGGAUGGGACCAGCUGCAUGACGCUGGUGGACAAGGUGGGCCGGGCCAACGAUCUCACCAUCGACUAUGCAGACCGGCGCCUCUACUGGACCGACCUGGACACCAACAUGAUCGAGUCUUCCAACAUGCUGGGUCAGGAGCGGGCGGUGAUCGCGGACGACCUGCCGCACCCCUUCGGCCUGACGCAGUACGGCGACUACAUCUACUGGACCGACUGGCACCUGCACAGCAUCGAGCGGGCCGACAAGACCAGCGGCCGGAACCGCACGCUCAUCCAGGGCCAGCUGGACUUCGUGAUGGACAUCCUGGUGUUCCACGCCUCCCGCCAGGACGGUCUCAACGACUGCACACACAGCAAUGGGCAGUGCGGGCAGCUGUGCCUGGCCGUCCCCGGCGGCCACCGCUGUGGCUGCGCCUCCCACUACACGCUGGACCCCAGCGGCCGCAACUGCAGCCCGCCCACCGCCUUCCUGCUGUUCAGCCAGAAGUGCGCCAUCAGCCGGAUGAUCCCAGAUGACCCUCACAGCCCAGACCUCGUCCUGCCACUGCACGGGCUCCGGAAUGUCAAGGCCAUCGACUACGACCCGCUGGACAAGUUCAUCUACUGGGUGGACGGGCGCCAGAACAUCAAGCGGGCCAGGGACGACGGCACCCAGCCCUUCGUGCUGACCUCUCCGGGCCAAGGCCAGAACCCAGACCGGCAGCCCCACGACCUCAGCCUGGACAUCUACAGCCGCACGCUGUUCUGGACGUGCGAGGCCACCGACACCAUCAAUGUGCACCGGCUGGGUGGCGACGCCAUGGGGGUCGUGCUUCGCGGGGACCGGGACAAGCCCAGGGCCAUCGUCGUCAACGCAGAGCGAGGGUACCUGUACUUUACCAACAUGCAGGACCGCGCGGCCAGGAUCGAGCGCGCUGCCCUGGACGGCACCGAGCGCGAGGUCCUUUUCACCACAGGCCUCAUCCGCCCCGUGGCCCUGGUGGUGGACAACACACUGGGCAAGCUCUUCUGGGUGGACGCGGACCUGAAGCGCAUCGAGAGCUGCGACCUGUCAGGGGCCAACCGCCUGACCUUGGAGGACGCCAACAUCGUGCAGCCCGUGGGCCUGACCGUCCUCGGCAGACACCUGUACUGGAUCGACCGGCAGCAACAGAUGAUCGAGCGUGUGGACAAGACCACCGGGGACAAGCGCAUGCGUGUGCAGGGCCGCGUGGCCCACCUCACAGGCCUUCACGCGGUGGAGGAAGUCAGCCUGGAGGACUUCUCGGCCCACCCGUGUGCCCGUGACAACGGUGGCUGCUCCCACAUCUGCAUUGCCAAGGGCGACGGGACACCACGGUGCUCCUGUCCGGUCCACCUCGUGCUGCUACAGAACCUGCUGACGUGCGGAGAGCCUCCCACCUGCUCCCCUGACCAGUUCGCGUGUGCCACGGGCGAGAUCGACUGCAUCCCCGGGGCCUGGCGCUGUGAUGGCUUCCCCGAGUGCGACGACCAGAGCGACGAGGAGGGCUGCCCUGUGUGCUCGGCCGCUCAGUUCCCCUGCGCGCGGGGCCAGUGCGUGGACCUGCGUCUGCGCUGUGAUGGCGAGGCCGACUGCCAGGACCGCUCGGAUGAGGCCGACUGCGACGCCGUCUGCCUGCCCAACCAGUUCCGGUGCGCCAGCGGCCAGUGCGUCCUUAUCAAGCAGCAGUGCGACGCUUUCCCAGACUGCAUCGACGGCUCCGACGAGCUCAUGUGUGAGAUCACCAAGCCGCCCGCGGAUGACGCCCCGGCCCACAGCAGUGCCAUCGGGCCCGUCAUCGGCAUCAUCCUCUCCCUCUUCGUCAUGGGGGGCGUCUACUUCGUCUGCCAGCGUGUGGUGUGCCAGCGCUACGCGGGCGCCAGCGGGUCCUUCCCACACGAGUACGUCAGCGGGACCCCCCACGUGCCCCUGGACUUCUUGGCCCCGGGUGGCUCCCAGCACGGCCCCUUCCCAGGCAUUGCGUGUGGCAAGUCCAUGAUGAGCUCCGUGAGUCUGGUGGGCGGCCGGGGCGGGAUGCCCCUCUACGACCGGAACCAUGUCACCGGGGCCUCGUCGAGCAGCUCGUCCAGCACCAAAGCCACGCUGUACCCGCCGAUCUUGAACCCGCCGCCAUCCCCGGCCACCGACCCUUCCCUGUACAACGUGGACGUGUUCUAUCCUUCCAACAUUCCGGCCUCUGCACGACCGUACAGGCCUUACAUCACCCGGGCCGGGGCGCCCCCCACCACGCCCUGCAGCACGGACGUGUGCGACAGCGACUACAGCGCCAGCCGCUGGAAGGCCAGCAAGUACUACCUGGAUCUGAACUCGGACUCAGACCCGUACGCGCCGCCGCCCACGCCACACAGCCAGUACCUGUCGGCCGAGGACAGCUGCCCACCCUCGCCGGCCACCGAGCGGAGCUACUUCCACCUGUUCCCUCCCCCGCCCUCCCCCUGCACCGACUCGUCCUGACCUCGGCCGCGCCGGCCUCUGCGCCCUGUACAUAGUUCUAAAUACGAGCAAAGAAAACAUAUAUUUUAUGAUUCUAAAAGAGUAAGUAUAACGGGAGGCCGAAGGCUUGAGAAAUGCGAACCGUGACGGGCGGGCGGGCUGGGGACUUUGUACAGCGGAGAAGUAUUUAUAAACCGACUUUUUUAAAA